UUAUGGAGCUAGACUGCAGUAAAAAAAAAUCUAUGCAGCCUUAAAUAGAAGACACAUCUGGGCUCUGUGGUGAUGAAUGCAACUCAUUAUUUGUCCUCCUGGAAUUAAGACAUUCUGUGCUGGAGCAGAAAGACAACAAGGCUCAGUGAUGCAGUUGUUAGCAGGGGUUACUAACGAGGAAGUCGGCCCUCAGUGACACAAGGUGGCAUACGCUGGUGUGGAGCCCUGGAGUUUGGAGUGGGAACCUUACCCGAGGCACCUUAAUUUUGCUUUCUAGAAGAAUGGCUUGCCUUGUACUUCUCAUCUAUUCUUUGCUGCUCAUGUUGUUUACCUGCCAUGUUGGUGCAAUAGAUGAAUUCAAGGUACGGCCAUUUGACAAUAUUUCUCUGCCCUGCCACUUCUCCUUUGUGGAUAGCACAGAUGGUUUGACCUUCACCUGGGAAAGGGAAGAUAUUAAGGAAGAACAUGAAGUAGAAGAUAAAGACUUUUAUAAGUAUUUUGUUGGACUUCAGGAUUUUUACCAGUUUUACCCAAAGGUGAUAUACAGUUUCAGCGAAAACAAGGAGCAUGUAGAGGAGCGAAAUGCACUCUAUGAGGGAAGAGUCUGGGUAGAUGAGGAGGAGAUUCCCGAGGGCAGUCUGACACUCAUGCUGGAGCAAGUUCAGUUUUCCGAUGAGGCCAUGUACAUAUGCAAGGCCAGCAACUCAAGGGGCAGGGGACAAAGGAAGAUGAAACUUCUGGUGGAAGAUGCUGAAGAGCCACAGGUGCAGUUCAGCACAGUCAACGAUACACUUGUUGCAAAGUGCAUCUCAGCAGGCUGGUAUCACAUGCCAAAAGUAACCUGGCGUAACCGCAAGGAAGAAGAUAUCUCCAGCUACGCCACCACAGAGAUCCUGGAAGAGAAGCGUGAUGGGUCUCAUAGGGUGGUGUCCAUCUUGAACUACCCUGUCUUGCUCCAUGAGAUCUACAGAUGUCACAUUGAAGAAGAUGAUGUGCUCAACAGACCUGUUCGAUCUAUUCAUAAAGUUCCAAAGAGGAAAUACCAUAAUAUGUAUAAUAACUAUUAGGAUUGCCAAGUCAUCUGUGAAGAGAAACCCUUACUCCUUUCAUCACAUGAAGUCUUCAGUUUCGCAUGGUACUGGGAUGCAGCAGAAAGAAGAGACAAUUAGUCUAGACAAUAGGAUAGUAGAAACCUCUGUGAUGAGAUAUUGUUUCAUGCUUCUCCUAUUUGAUGCUUGAAUUAAAUACUGCCAAAAUCAACCGUGUUUGCAUUGUGCUGUAUUUCAAGGUACCAAAAUAACUUGCAAACCCUUGAAUAAAGUCAACUGAA